CAACAGCCGCCAGUCCGGCCGCCCCGAGCCGCCGCCGCGGGCUCAACUCCACCCGGCGGAGCCCGGCGCGCAGCAGCCACACAAAAGAGGCGCGAGGGCCGGCGGCGCCGCCUCGGGGACACGCCCGGGAGCGUCGCGCGAGGGGACGCAGCGAGCGGGAGAAUGAGCGGCCGAGAGGAGGGCUCCGAGGCGGGAUGCGGGAUGCAGAGGACCUGACACGUCUUGGAAACUCUUGGAAAUGGCUCCCGCCACAGCGCCGGAGGGGGCUGCGAGUCUGGGGAGGGCGCUCGCCCCUGCGGGGCUGCUGAGCCGCGCUCGGAUGCAGGGCCCGGGGGCGCUGUCCCUGCGCUCCGCCGUCGGCUCGGGCUGAAAAAGUUUCUCCAUGGUUCCUUUGUGUCGCCCGAGAGCCCGUUCGCCGGCCCCGACCUCCCUCGGUCUCCCUGGCAGGAGGAGGUGGCUGAGCAGCUAGUGGGCAGUUGGCGCCCUCCCUGAGCAAGCCUCCAUCCCAGAGGCUAGUCCUGCAAUCCACGAGUUCGCCAUGAUCGCCACCGGCGGCCUGCUGAGGAUUUCCGCCAGAAAGCAGGAUCCACUCCGCCCCCCAAGUCAGAUCCCCAAGCGCAAGCGGAAAGCCAAAAAGAGGCGCAAGAACGAUGUGGUGGUGGUGAAAGGCAAGCUGAAGCUGUGCUCCAUCUCGGGGCUCAUCGCCCUCUGCGGGAUCCUGGUGCUGCUGGUGGGCAUAGCCAUGGCGGUGGUGGGCUACUGGCCCAAGGCCACGGGGGCCAAUCGGGAGGCGGGUAAGCAGCUGCCGCCUGCGGGCAGCAGCCACCGCGUCCCGACCACCGCCAACAGCAGCGGCAGUGGCAGCAAAAACCGGUCCAGGAGCCACCCUAGGGCUCCAGGGGGUGUCAACUCCAGUUCCGCGGGCGCGCCCAGGAGCACGCCUCCUGCGCGAGUCGCCUCCCCUUCCUCCUCCUCCACGUCGGUGGGCUUCUUCUUCCGCAUCUUCUCUGGCUACCUGCACUCUGACAAGCUCAAGGUCUUCGGGCCCCUCAUCAUGGGCAUCGGCAUCUUCCUCUUCAUCUGCGCGAACGCGGUCCUCCACGAGAACCGGGACAAGAAGACCAAAAUCAUCAACUUGCGGGACCUCUACUCCACAGUCAUCGACGUGCACAGCCUCCGCGCCAAAGACCUGGCGGCCGCCGCGGCCGCCGCUGCGGCCGCAGCCGCCUCCUCGUCGUCGUCGGCCCCCCCCGCGGCGCCCCCCGGGGCCAUCCCGCUCAACGGCUUCCUCAGCUACGUGCAGUCGCGGGGCCUGGAACUGAAGCCGGGGAGCUGCGGUGGCGCCGGAGACGCCUUCGGAGCCGCGGCGAUGCUGGCCAAGGGCUCGUGGCCGCCUCACCCCGCGGCCCUGAGCGGCGGCCGCCCCCGGGGCGCCGCGUCCCCGCCGGACCUGGCCUCUUCCCCGCGCUGUCCGCGGGAGCCCGCGAGCCUGGCCGAGGCCGUGUACAGCGUCUACCGCGAGCGCUCGGGCGUGGCCGGCCGUCGCCGGGCCGCCGCUGCCACCGCCGCCGCCGCCGCCGCCGCUAGCAGCUGCAGCAGUCCGGCGCCCUGCAGCCCACCCGAGAGCUGGGGGCGCCAGAGCACCGCCAGCUCCCUCGUGGACUCCUCGCUGAGCGCCUUCGCGCUGCUGCCUUUGCAAGGGGACCGCGAUAGGGACGGGGACGCGGAGGGCGCGAGCUGCAGCUGGCAGAGGCCUCCGGGGGAACGCGGCUCCCUGGAGAUCCCGAGGGGCGAGGUCGACCUGAGCCUGACCAACCUCCGCGGAGCAGAGGGCAGCAUGCGCGGGGCGAGCCAGGAGCUAGAGGAGCCCGAGGGCGCGGUAGCGGCGCGCGCCGCCAGGGGGCAGGGCGGCCGCCUGCCCAGGACCGGCAGGUACGCGGCCUUGCGGCGCCGCAGCACCAGCGGGCUCCCGGACUACCGGGUGCCGCCGUCCCCCGAGCCCCCGCCCUCCCCGGGGAGUGCGGACCCGGACUCCAGCCCUCUGGCCAAAGCCGCCUCCCCCUCGCCACCCCUGCGGCUGGAGGGCUCGCCCCCCACCAGGCGGGACUCGGGGAGCUCCCAGUCGGAUGACCCAUCCAGCAGCAAUAAGGGCUACACACCCCUGCGGGAGGCCGGCACCUCCUCCGAGUCGGUCUUGGACGCAGUUGCCAGUCAAACGCGAGACUCUGUGACCGCCCCUGUUCCGGGUGCGGAGCAGAGCUCCCCGGAGGGUGCCAGCCAGGAGCCACUUACGGCCGAGCAACCUCAGCCGGUGCAGAGGCAGUUUACAAACAAGGAGAAACUCUUCAUGAUUUCCAGGUCUCAUGCCAUAGGGGUAGAAGAAGGAGAACUGGAAAGCACAGGCAUUUAGAGAAAGGAGUGGGGUGGGGGGAGGAGAGAGAAAAUGGGAGAAACGCCCACUUGUAUCAGUGCAUUAACAGUUCCCUGUCUCUUUUGUGGACUGAUCCGAGGACAUCAUUCAAUAUCCAAAGAGCUGCAGAAUGUUAUCCUUGAAUUGCGUCCACAAGAUUCCUGUAGAUAACUCCAAGGAUUUUGUUUUUGUUUUUUUUUUAAAGCAAACUAGUCUUUUUAUGUCCGAUGGUGAUUGUAUGUUCGAUGAAAACCAAAUGUAUUAAAAGGUCAGCAAUCUAGUCCAUUAGAUAAAAUUCUUUUAAUUUUCUUAGGAUCAAAACAAUAUAUUUUUGACAGUAAAUGUGCACUUUACUCCAAUUUUUUUUAAAUCCCUAAUUUCCCGACCCGUGUACUCUGCGCUGGUUUUGGCCAUAGCUGCUUGCGAAUGGCAGGCUUUUUUCUCCCUCCCUUUGCGGAACAUAGAAGAGUUUGUCUCAGUUCUCUUAGAAUUGAUGUUACUAACUGAAGUUAAAGCCAAAAGCAUGAAUAAUUCAGGAAAGAGCACUUUCCUUGCCCCACUCCACUCUGCUCACCCAAUGCCCAAAAGCUUCUUCAUUUUUUAAACAGGUGUGUACGUUUUGCUACUGGGAUAUGUGGUGGAGACUGGAGCGGGGCAGGAACUAGAUGGACUGUUACAUUCCGAAAUUUAUAUCAAGUACACUAUGCUUUAUUGAGUGUUAUCACACCUGUAUUGAAAAUAGCAUUAAUAUUUAAAAUCUUUUUUAAUAAAAGAGGUUUCCGAACAGUUAAGCAUAAUAUUGCCUCAUUUUGCCUUGGAGCUAGCUCAUCUGGUACCUCUGAAAUAUUUUGCUGUGACACUGCUACCAGGACUGUUGUGAUCUUCCCCCAAAGUACUCAGCACCAUUGUCACAUGUCCAGUGUAUUUUUAAGCUUAAAAUGUAAGGUAAUAUUUAACAUUUGGGAAUUUCUCUUUCAAAUAGAAUGAAACGUUAAGUGAA